CUCGAUAUCUCAUUGCAUUCCAUUCCAAGCUAGCCGUCGUCCUCGUCCUUGUUCUCACCCGCAUCGUCCUUUUACCGCUUUCCCGUCGCUCAUUGUCCGCCAAAGCGCGCACACUCACUACCAUCUACAUAAAAGCAGGCCGCCCGUGCUUGCACUCGCAUCGGCCUCGCCAUCACAACAAAACACACGCUCAUUGCGACAUUACCUCUACCCCACCACUACCGGCGGCACUUUCACUUCCCCAAAAUCCCUCAUCCCUCACAACCACCCCACCUCACGACCAUGUCCAUCCUCUUAAGGCGCGCCCACGCCACGACACUCGCUGCAAAGUCCAAGGCGCAGGAGGCGAACGCUGCGUGCUCGGCGUCGGCAAAUGCCUCUGCGUCGUCGUCAACCGCCGCGUCAAAUAAGCCAUCACCAUCACCACAGCUCGGCUCGUCGCCCGACUCGUCGCGCGUCGCAAUGUCCCUCCGCUCACCGCGCGCGCGCGGCGACCCAACAUUCGCGCAGCUCGUCCUCGAGAGCUAUGUCGAGCGCAAGUUUGAGCAGGGCCUCAAGGUCGAAGAUGUCGGGCAUAAGUUGCUUGUUCUCGAGAGCCAGUUCCCAGCGCUCUCGCCCACGUUCCGCACCGUGCGCGUGCACCACAAGCUGCCGCUGAGGCCCGUCAAGUCGACCAUGCUCGGGCCACAGCAGUGCGUGCCCGACUGGGACACGCCCAAGCAGAGUCCUGGCCCGCCUCAUCCCAGCCCGGUGUAGGGGGCUCUGAGCCACCGACACCGACGACAUGGACCUUGAACGACAGCUCGAGCUCGAGCUCGACCCCGACCCCGCACACGACCUUUGAUCCCCGCGCAUGUAUGAUCGCGCACGCACACACAAACAAACACCCUGCAUAGAUUAACUCCGAGCGCGGCUCGCGUUGUAUACACCCAAUAGCAUUGCAUGUAGCUAGGUACGACCGGU